CUCGCUCUCUUCCCUCUCAAUCGCCAAACGCCGGUACAAAAUCCAUAUGUACUGCCAGCAUCUCCGAAGAGCCUUCCUCAAUUCAACCCGUACCGUCUCCGCCGUCGCCGUCGCCGCCUCUUCCCGCCGCCGAUUCCUCCUCCGUAACUUCUCAGAUACGCUGCCGAAGGAGGAGAGCAAAAUGGUCGGCGAAAGUGAGAAAAGCCAAGUGACUCGGGUUCUGUUUUGCGGGCCUCAUUUUCCUGCUUCUCAUAACUACACCAGAGAGUACUUGGCUAAGUACCCUUUCAUUCAGGUUGAUGAUGUUCCUCUUAGUGAAGUGCCCGAUGUCAUAGCUAAUUACCACCUCUGCGUGGUGAAAAACAUGCGGCUGGAUUCAAAUGUCCUGUCGCGGGCGAAUCGGAUGAAGCUGGUAAUGCAGUAUGGUGUGGGGCUUGAAGGUGUGGACAUUGAUGCUGCUACAAAAUGUGGGAUCAAGGUAGCUAGAAUCCCCAGUGAUGUGACUGGAAAUGCGACAUCUUGUGCAGAGAUGAGUAUAUAUCUGAUGUUGGGUCUUCUGCGUAAGCAGCAUGAGCUUGAAACUGCAGUGCAGCAAAAAAAGCUUGGAGAACCAAUUGGUGACACUUUAUUUGGCAAAACGGUAUUCAUUUUGGGAUAUGGAAAUAUAGGGAUUGAGUUGGCUAAGCGAUUGAAGCCAUUUGGUGUGAGAAUUAUUGCCACAAAGAGGAGUUGGGCCCUGCAUUCCAAUGGUGGCAUUGUUCAUGAUUUGGUUGACGAGAAGGGUAGUCAUGAAGAAAUUCACGAGUUCGCUGGCAAGGCGGACAUAGUUGUUUGCUGCUUAUGUAUGAACAAAGAGACAGUAGGUAUAGUCAACAAUUCAUUCUUAUCUUCAAUGAGAAAGGGUUCCCUUUUGCUAAACAUUGCUCGAGGAGGCUUACUAGAUUACUCAGCUGUUUUCGACCACCUUAAGUCGGGACACUUGGGUGGCUUGGGCAUUGAUGUGGCAUGGACCGAGCCGUUUGAUCCUAAUGAUCCGAUUCUAAAGCUCAACAAUGUCAUCAUCACUCCUCAUGUAGCAGGGGUUACAGAACACUCGUACAGAUCCAUGGCUAAGGUUGUCGGAGAUGUUGCCCUUCAACUCCAUGCAGGGGAUCCUUUGACUGGCAUCGAGUGUGUGAACUAACGGACGCAUACGACUGAUGAAUGCUUUCCAAUUAUCUCUAAAGCAUCACAGGGGGGUUCGCCCAGGUAUGCACUAACGAUGAUUCAUCUGUAGCCCAGAGAGUUGAACCUGUGCAGUUAUCAUUUGCAUUUCAUCGCCUUUCAGCCUGAAAAAUGACCCGUGAGAGGGAUGUAAUAAGCCAACUUGGUGCGUCGUGGUUUCCUCGACUGAGAUCAGAUUCUCAGAAGCAGAAAACCGGACAUGGAAACCAGUGUACACCAACAAGUUUUGA